GCGCUGCAGAAGAGCCAGAGGAACUGCCCUUGCCCACAGAGGAACCGCAGCAGGAGAAACCCCAAACUGAGGCCCCCACAUCUGAGGCCACUCCAGCAAAGGCGGUGCUGGAAGACCUGAGGGUCUCGAGUGUCAACCCCAGCUCUGUGCAGCUGCACUGGACUGUCCCCAAGGGCUCCUUUGACUCCUUCAUGCUGCAGUACCGGGAUGCCCAGGGCCAGCCCCAGGCCCUACCCAUCGAUGGCGAGUCCCACUCAGUGACGGUGCCAGGGCUGUCCCCUUCCCAGCGGUACCGCUUCCACCUCUAUGGGCUGCGGGGCAGGAAGAAGAUUGACCAUGUGUCCACUGAGGUUGUUACAGGCACCCCAGAGGAUCUUCCCCCACCCUCAAAGGACCCCACAGAUGAGGCAUCCACAACUGAGGCCCCUACAGCUCAGGACCACAAACCUGAGCAUUCCCAAACUGAGGCCCCCUCAGCACAGGCAGCACUGGGAGAGCUGAAGGUGUCCAGUAUCACACCUGACUCUGUGGAGCUGCAGUGGAGUGUACCAGAGGGCUCCUUUGACUCCUUCAUGCUGCAGUACCGGGAUGCCCAGGGCCAGCCCCAGGCCCUGCCCAUCGAUGGCGGGUCCCGCUCAGUGACGGUGCCAGGGCUGUCCCUGUCCCACCGGUACCGCUUCCACCUCUACGGGCUGUACAGAGGGAAAAGGAUUGACCACGUUUCCAUCGACGUCAGCACAGAUUCCAGUGUGGAUGUUGGGUGGGUUCCUGUCCAAAUUGAAGGAAUUGGGUGGAUAAUGGAUGGACGUAUGGAUGGACAUACUCAUGCCCACACCCAUCAUUGUCCUCUCUCUGUUGUUUCUGCAGGCACCCCAGAGGAUCUUCCCCCACCCUCAAAGGACCCCACAGAUGAGGCAUCCACAACUGAGGCCCCUACAGCUCAGGACCACAAACCUGAGCAUUCCCAAACUGAGGCCCCCUCAGCACAGGCAGCACUGGGAGAGCUGAAGGUGUCCAGUAUCACACCUGACUCUGUGGAGCUGCAGUGGAGUGUACCAGAGGGCUCCUUUGACUCCUUCAUGCUGCAGUACCGGGAUGCCCAGGGCCAGCCCCAGGCCCUGCCCAUCGAUGGCGGGUCCCGCUCAGUGACGGUGCCAGGGCUGUCCCUGUCCCACCGGUACCGCUUCCACCUCUACGGGCUGUACAGAGGGAAAAGGAUUGACCACGUUUCCAUCGACGUCAGCACAGCAGCCACAGACAAGCAAGAGGAGCCACCCUUCCCCUCAGAGGAGCCCCAAACUGAAACCCCGCCAUCUGAGGACAACCAACCUGAGCACCCCCAAACUGAGGUUCCCCCAGUGCGGGCAGUGCUGGGAGAGCUGAAGGUCUCCAGUGUCACGCCCAACUCUGUGCAGCUACAGUGGAGCAUCCCUGAGGGCUCCUUUGACUCCUUCAUGCUGCAGUACCGGGAUGCCCAGGGCCAGCCCCAGGCCCUGCCCAUCGAUGGCGAGUCCCGCUCAGUGACUGUGCCAGGGCUGUCCCCUUCCCAGCGGUACCACUUCCACCUCUAUGGGCUGCGGGGCAGGAAGAGGACGGACCAUGUCUCCACCGACAUUAUCACAGCUGCAGCAAAGACAGAGGAGCUGCCCCUGACCUCAGAGGAACCACCCCUGACCUCAGAGGAGCCCAAAACUGAGGCCAUCUCAUCUGAUGCCCUGCCAGCACGGGCAGUGCUGGGGGAGCUGAAGGUCUCCAGUGUCACACCCAACUCUGUGCAGCUGCAGUGGAAUGUCCCAGAGGGCUUCUUUGACUCCUUUGCACUGCAGUACCGGGAUGCCCAGGGCCAGCCCCAGGCCCUGCCCAUCGAUGGUGGGUCCCGCUCAGUGACAGUGCCAGGGCUGUCCCCAUCCCAUCGGUACCGCUUCCACCUCUACGGGUUGCAAGAUGGGAAAAGGAUUGACCACGUGUCCACUGAUGUCGUGACAGAUGCAGCAGUGCCAGAGCAGCUGCCCCUACCCUCACAGGAGCCCCAACCUGAAGACCUCAACCCUGAGCAGCCCCAAACUGAGCAGCACCAAACUGAGGCCAGCCAGGGACAGGUGGUGCUGGGGAAGUUGAGGGUCUCCAGUGUCACAUCCAACUCUGUGCAGCUGCAGUGGAGCGUCCCUGAGGGCUCCUUUGACUCCUUCACACUGCAGUACCGGGAUGCCCAGGGCCAGCCCCAGGCCCUGGCUGUUGAUGGCGGAUCCCGCUCUGUGACGGUGCCAGGGCUGUCCCCUUCCCGCCGGUACCGCUUCCACCUCUAUGGGCUGAGGGACAGGAAGAGGAUUGACCGAGUCUCCACCGAUGUUUUCACAGCUGACCCAGAGGAUCUGUCCCUACCCUCAAUUGACACCCCAACUCGGGGCCCCCCAGCUGAGGAUCACGAAACUUCACAUUCCCAAGCUGAGGCCCCUCCAUCUGCGGCCCCCUCAGCACGGGCAGUGUUAGGAGAGCUGAAGGUCUCCAGUGUCACACCCAACUCUGUGGGACUGCAGUGGAGUGUACCAGAGGGCCAGUUUGACUCCUUCACACUGCAGUACCGGGAUGCCCAGGGCCAGCCCCAGGCCCUGCCUAUCGAUGGCGGGUUGCACUCAGUGAUGGUGCCGGGGCUGUCCCCUUCCCAGCGGUACCGCUUCCACCUCUACGGGUUGCGGGGUGGGAAGAAGACUGACCAUGUCUCCACUGAUGUCAUCACAGCUGAUGGGGAAGCUGCAGCUGUGCCAGAGGAGCUGCCCCUGCCCUCAGAGGAGCCCCAAGAUGAGCAACGCCAAAUUAAGGCCCCAUCUGCAACCACCCCAGCACGGGCAGUGCUGAAGGAACUGAGAGUCUCCAGUGUCACACCCGACUCUGUGCAGCUGCAGUGGAGAGUCCCUGAGGGCUCCUUUGACUCCUUCAUGCUGCAGUACCGGGAUGCCCAGGGCCAGCCCCAGGCCCUGCCCAUCGAUGGCGGGUUCCGCUCAGUGACAGUGCCAGGGCUGUCUCCAUCCAGCCGGUACCGCUUCCACCUCUAUGGGCUGCGGGGUGGGAAGAGGGUCUACCAUACCUCCACUGAAGCUGUUACAGCUGCAACAAACUUGGAUGAGCUACCCGUGCCUUCAGAGGAGUUCCAACCUGAGGACCCCCAACCUAAAGAUCCCCCAGUUGAGUCCCCAUCAACUGACACCCCUUCGGCACGGGCAGUGCUGGAAGACCUGAGGGUCUCGAGUGUCACCCCCAGCUCUGUGCAGCUGCACUGGACUGUCCCCAAGGGCUCCUUUGACUCCUUCAUGCUGCAGUACCGGGAUGCCCAGGGCCAGCCCCAGGCACUGCCCAUCGAUGGCGGGUCCCGAUCGGUGACAGUGCCAGGGCUGUCCCCUUCCCAGAGGUACCGCUUCCACCUCUAUGGACUGAGGGGAGGGAAAAGGAUUGACCGUGUCUCUACUGACAUCGUCACAGCCACAGCCAAGACAGAGGAGCUGCCCCUGCCCUCAGAGGAACCCCAACCUGAGGACCCCAAAGGAAAAGACCCCCCAGCUGAGGCCACUCCAUCUGCGGCGCCCCUGGCACGGGCAGUGCUGGGAGAGCUGGAGGUCUCCAGUGUCACACCCAGCUCUGUGCAGUUGCAGUGGAAUGUCCCUGAGGGCUCCUUUGACUCCUUCAUGCUGCAGUACCGGGAUGCUCAGGGCCAGCCCCAGGCACUGCCCAUUGAUGGCGGGUCCCGAUCGGUGAUGGUGCCAGGGCUGUCCCCUUCCCAACGGUACCGCUUCCACCUCUAUGGGCUGAGGGGAGGGAAAAGGAUUGACCAUGUCUCCACUGAGGCCAUCACUGAUUCUCACACGCAUCAUCAUCCUGUCUCCAUUGCAGCCACAGCCAAGACAGAGGAGCUGCCCCUGCCCUCAGAGGAACCCCAACCUGAGGACCCCAAAGGAAAAGACCCCCCAGCUGAGGCCACUCCAUCUGCGGCGCCCCUGGCACGGGCAGUGCUGGGAGAGCUGGAGGUCUCCAGUGUCACACCCAGCUCUGUGCAGUUGCAGUGGAAUGUCCCUGAGGGCUCCUUUGACUCCUUCAUGCUGCAGUACCGGGAUGCUCAGGGCCAGCCCCAGGCACUGCCCAUUGAUGGCGGGUCCCGAUCGGUGAUGGUGCCAGGGCUGUCCCCUUCCCAACGGUACCGCUUCCACCUCUAUGGGCUGAGGGGAGGGAAAAGGAUUGACCAUGUCUCCACUGAGGCCAUCACUGGCGCCCCAGGGACCCUCUGGGUGGGCUCUGUGUGGCCCCGAAGUGCCUGGCUGCACUGGGACCCCCUGCAGGCCCCCCCUGAUGGCUAUGAGCUGGAGUAUGGCCCCCCCGGCGGACCCCAGCAGAGCCUGUGGCUACCUCCUGAGGCUACGUCGCAGCAGCUGUGGGGGCUAGAGCCGGCAGGACACUAUGGGGUGCGGUUGUGGGGCCGAGGGGGAGACCCCCAAACAGCCCCCCUCGAGGCCACCUUUGACACUCCCCCCCUCCCGCACCCGCACCCCCGGGACUGCGCCGAGGAGCAGCUGAACGGGCCGGGCCCCUCGCGGGAGACCCUCAUCUUCCUCCGGGGGGACCCGGCCCGGCCCCUCAGGGUCUUCUGUGACAUGGAGACGGACGGCGGCGGCUGGCUGGUGGGACUGGGGGCACUGGUGGGGGGAGCUUCUGCAGGGGGUUAUAGGAGGUUCUGUGGAGUUCUGGGGGGGAAAGAGGGGCUUUGGGGGCAAUAG